CGCCCAGAAUGACACGUCAGCAGCCCCGCAGCUUUAAAAUCAGGAGAGGGAGUGUGCUGUGAGGAGCUUUGUUGUUGUUGUUGUUGUUGAUGACUGAAUGAAUGUUGAGGCUGGGUUUUACAGGAGAAGAAAUCGAUAUGUCUGUGGAAAACAAUGGCAGCAGGAGGACUCACACGCCUCCAGGUGGACCUUCUACAUUUGAUCUCUUCAGCUGGUCCGAGGAGCCGCCGGAAAAUGCGCAGGUUCGAACCCCGGCGAGAGCCACUGCAAAUGCAGACUCCGAUCCAGCCUUUGGCGCCUCUCCCGUUGGUCGCCCUACUAUUAGGAUGCACCAGCCUGCGGGGGGAACCAGCACGAUUUCUUUCGGCGAGCAAAUCACCCCUGAGGAAGCCCAGGCCUUGUUGAAAAGGAAGCCAUGCUCUGAGUCAAAGAAACGCGAAAUGAAUGGGAGUGGAAUCUUCACUGCUAAUGCCCCUAAUGAAGGGCCUAAUUCUGCUAAUGGCUUCUACACUCCAGAUCGACCGAGUGUACGACUUUACCAGCAAGCUGCAGGUACAGUCAGUCAGAUAUCUUUCGGGGUGGAUGGAAGUGUAUCCCCCAAAAAACCUACUUCUUUAACAGAAGUUGCCAAGCAGAAGGAACUUAGUGGAAGUCAAGAGCUGGCUGCAGAUGUACAUGUCAGGAGACAGUGUUCGCAGGCCAAAUCUAAAGAGCUCAGUGGCAAUGAUAUCUUUGGCCCUCCGCCUGAGUUGCCUCCAAGAUCUUUACAUCGUAAUUUGGAACCAAAGGAAGACCCGAAGGAAGCCAAGGAUUCUGAUGAGCCAGUGCCACGCAAUGUCCGUACUUCUGUAAAGGUUUCUAAUCCUGCAGGGGGCUUCAGUCAAAUAAUAUUCGGUCAGGAAUCUGCUGGGAAGACGUUGAGAAAGGUUCAUGAUCAGAAAGUGGCAGAGUUGACUGGCAACAAUAUUUUUAAAGGGGACACUCCUGUUGUUUCUGCUGAAAAGCCGUUGAGUGUUGCUAAGCUGAAAGAGAUGAGUGGCAGUGAUAUAUUUGCAGAUGAAAAGCCAGUUGGUCGAGACUGUCUUGGAGGAAUCAGGAAACCCCCAGGAGGAGAAAGCACCAUUGCUCUGGUGUAAAAAAAAACUUUUACUUGGUUAUUUGAGCUAGCUUAACUUAUCAAUGACCCUGAUGUGUAGGAUGACCAUGGUAGUUUGUUUGAGUUUCUUGAGGUCCAGCAUUGAAGGAUAUGAUUUGCACUCUUUGUAUGACAUUCUGGCAAUGUUGUCUGUGUCCGUAGAACCACUCUAAUGACAGUACUUUGGGCUACAGUGCACACAGUGACAUUUCUGGACUAGAUUAGAUUAAUGUCUUUGAUCUUGUCGUAGUUAUUCUACUUGUAGACUACGGGAAGGAUAUAUGACUGGCUGACUUGGUUGACACAAUUUAUAGGCCUGAAAACUGACGGGUGAAUCUUAUUGUUUUCUUUUUCGAAGUUGAAAACUGAUUUGACCAUAUAUUGAAUUGAAUGGUUUGUGUUUAUAAGAACUGCAUAA